UGCACCUUGUAAAGUAUUAUCUUGGAUUACGCUCAAUAUUCUGCGUGAUGUCUUACAGUGAUUGUGUGGCAGAUUUUAUUUCCUUUUGGCAGAUCGUUUGAGGCUGGUGAAUGGCGGUAGCCCGUGUGCCGGGAGAGUGGAGGUUUACCACGAUGGACAGUGGGGCACAGUGGAUGGCUAUGGUUGGGAUAUGUUGGACGCGGCUGUGGUGUGUAAGGAGUUGGGCUGUGGAGCCGCGCUGUCAGCAUCAGGAGACGCUCACUUUGGCGAAGGCUCAGGUCCCGUUGUGACGUGGAGUGUCCGGUGCAGAGGGAGUGAGUCUACACUGAGGGGUUGUCGGUCACAGCCCUGGGGUGGUGGCUAUUCCUGGCUACACUCCUAUGAUGCCGGCGUCAUCUGUUCAGGAGGUAACCCACCCAAACUGGUGAAUGGAGACAGCCGGUGUGUGGGGAGAGUUGAGCUGUACAACUAUGACACUUGGAGAACAGUUUGUGGCGAGACGCUGAACAUGGAGAUGGCAGGAUAUAUUUGUAAAUAUUUGGGGUGUGGAUUUGCUGUAUCAGUCUCAAGUGACGCUCGCUUUGGAGAAGGAUCGGGGCCUGUGGUUGGUCGGCCUGACUGCGGACACGGACAGGACGGUGGCAUAUUCUGUUCAGAUCCACUUCAGAAAGCCAUCAUUUCCCUGAAGCCAGAUUCCCCGUUCUUUGUGAGAGGGGAAAGCGCUCAGAUCUCAUGUUCUGGGAAUUAUCCAGGCAGCAUAUUCUCUUUAUACAUAGACGGCAAGAUUUUCACAUCACGGACAGCUCCGGAAAACAUCCAAACGGCAAAUUUCGCCCUAUCGGAUUUCAGUGCAGGAAUUUACACGUGUAAAUAUACUACACAUGUAGACGGACGAAAGUUCACAUCCCCAGAGAGCGAACGAGUGGGAAUCUAUUUGUGGGAACCGCUCCAGAAACCCACCAUUUCCCUGAAGCCAGAUUCACGGGUGUUUGUGAGAGGGGAAAGCGCUGAGAUCUCAUGUUCUGGAAAUUAUCCAGGCAGUAAUUUCUCUUUAUACAGAGAAGGGAAGUUGAUCUCAUCACAGUGGGCUCCUGAGAAAAACAACACGGCAACAUUCGCCCCAUCGGAGAUCAGUGCAGGGAAUUAUUCGUGUAAAUACGCUAAACAUAUAGUCGCACGCGAGCUCACAUCACCAGAGAGCGAACGAGUGGGAAUCUCUUUGUGGGAUCCGCACCAGAAAGCCAAAAUUUCGCUGGAGCCAGAUUCCCGGGUGUUUGUGAGAGGGGAAAGCGCUGAGAUCUCAUGUUCUGGGAAUUAUCCUGGCAGCAAUUUCUCUCUGUACAGAGAUGAUGCGUUUAUCAUAUCACAAGCAGCUCCAGAGAAUAACAACACGGCAACAUUCAUCCUAUCGGAGAUCAGUGCAGCAAACUACACGUGUAAAUAUACUACACAAAUAGACGGACGAGUGUUUACAUCAAUAGCGAGCGAGCGAGUGGGAAUCACUGUGCGCGCAAAUUGGACCUGGAAGCACAUUACAGGACUCGCUGCGGGGAUUGUCGCUGCGUUAAUGAUAAUUGUGUUACUACUGGGAAUCAGUGAAUAUAAGAAAGGUAAACAGAAGAGUUCAAGUGGGGAAAGGAACGUACCCACGGGAGGCGGACCUGAACCCAGCAACGUCACCUAUGCUACGGUGAGAAAGGUACCCCGGUCGGUGCCUCCAAUGAAUGCUGACAUCAUCUACGCUAAUCUGAUGUUGGGAAACAGGAUUGAGAAUGGCCGUGAAAACGGUGAGAAUGAUGGUCCAAUCUACGCCACAGUCAGAGUGUAGCCCGGAGGCCGGUGGCCAUCUCCUCGCUCCAGCUCCUCAUCAGCAACUAUAUUCAAUACCAGCUUCAGUUUGACUACAACGCGUCACUCACGGCACUUGUCUCCCUGACAUAGGUGGAGAUUGAGUCACAGAAUGAGAUAGAAUGAGUGAGUGAGUGUGAAUGAGUUAGAGAGAGAGACUGAGUAAGAUAUAAUGAGACUGAGGGUGAGAGACUG